AUGGUGAUGGUAAGCCUUCUAAGAGGAACAUUUGCUCUGUAUUCUCUUAUAUGUCGUUAUGCCAAGGUGAGUUUGACACCAAACCAACAAGCUGAAGAUAAAGAUAUAUCCAAUUACCAGCUUGAAUUACCAAACAGACGAUUGCGUCGGGCUUCAGCUGUCAAGAACUUCCUCGAAAGUAGCAGAUUUAUGAAGUACUUUCUCUUGUUAAUGACUAUGCUUGGAACAUCUAUGGUUUUAGGGGAUGGGAUACUUACUCCAUGCAUGUCAGUAUUAUCAGCUGUAGGAGGUAUCAAGGAAGUUGAUAGUUCUCUCACAGACAACACAAUAAUGUGGAUAUCUGUGGUGAUUUUAAUCCUUCUGUUCCAAUUUCAGAGAUUUGGAACAGACAAAGUUGGGUUCACCUUUGCACCAAUUCUUACAAUUUGGUUCCUCUUUAUUGCUGUUAUUGGUCUCUACAACUUCAUAAGAUAUGAUCCAAGUGUAAUCAAGGCACUUAACCCAGUAUACAUUGUGAAAUAUUUUCAAACAAACAAGAAAGAUGCAUGGAUUUCACUUGGAGGCGUCGUCAUGUGCUUGACUGGAUCAGAAGCUUUGUUCGCGGAUCUUGGCCACUUCAAUCUUCGCUCAAUCCAAAUCAGCACAUGUACUAUUGUUCAUCCCUCUAUUAUCUUGGCCUAUGUAGGCCAAGCUGCAUAUCUCAGGAAACACCCUCUUGAUGCAUAUGAUGCUUUUUACAAAUCAGUUCCAAAACCUGUUUACUGGCCAAUGUUAGUGGUGGCAGUAUUGGCAGCUGUUAUUGCUAGCCAGUCUUUGAUCUCAGCUUCCUUCUCCAUAGUCCAACAGUCUCUCGCACUUGGGUGUUUCCCACGAGUGAAAGUUGUCCAUACUUCUUCUAAAUAUGAAGGCCAAAUAUAUGUGCCAGAGAUUAACAACUUACUCAUGUUAGCUUGUGUUGUUGUCACACUUGGAUUUAAGACUACAUUGAAGAUUGGGAAUGCUUAUGGGCUUGCGGUGGUAUUUGUCAUGAUACUCACAUCUACAUUUCUUAUCCUUGUGAUGAUCAUGAUAUGGAAGACACAUUUUGCAUUGAUUAUCCUCUAUAUUGCAACCAUCGCUCUUGUGGAGUAUAUCUACUUGAGCUCGGUCCUUUACAAAUUUGUUCAAGGGGGGUACCUUCCAUUAGCCUUUGCUGCAUUCUUCAUGUCCGUCAUGUUUGUUUGGAAUUAUGUAUACCACAAGAAGUAUAUGUUCGAUUUAGAAAAUAAAGUUUCAGUGGAGAAACUCAAGGAGAUAGCCAGCAACCCAAACAUUCAACGAGUCCCAGGUUUAGCUCUAUUCUACUCAGAGCUUGUGCAAGGAAUUUCCCCAAUCUUCACCCAUUACAUUGCCAAUGUCCCAGCUUUGCAUAAAGUGCUCGUGUUUGUCUCAAUCAAGUCAUUACCUAUAAGCAAGGUACCGGCUGAGGAGCGCUUCUUGUUCCAACGAGUUGAGCAUGAUGAAUUAGGUAUCUUCCGAUGUAUAGUGAGGUAUGGCUACAAGGAUGUGGAAAAGGAAUGUGAACCAUUCGAGGACACAUUAGAGAAUAGGUUGAAGGACUUUAUUAGGGAGGAUUUUCUAAAGGUAAGAUCAACCGAGAAUGGGAGAAUUAUAGAGACUAUUGCUGAAAGUGUUGAAGGGGAGGUAUCGAGAAUCGAUGUAGAUGAGGCUGCAAUGGAGAUUCAAUUGGUGGAUAAUGAAUGCAAGAAGGGCGGCAUAAUCUAUAUGUUUGGUGAGAGUGAGGUGGUGGCUUCCAAGACAUCUAGUUGGGGGAAGAAAAUUAUUAUAGACUAUGCUUAUAAUGGGUUGCAUAGGUUCUUAAGGAAACAAGAUGAAGUCUUUGCUAUUCCUCGCAAGCGUUUGUUGAAGGUGGCAAUGACUUACGAGCUAUAGUGUGUGUUGUGUUUUAGUUCCAUAUUGUCUGUU